UGCCAGUCUGCCAGUAGUCGAGUGUUGAGUACUUGGCGACAGAUUGACGGGACUAGUCUGCUGAUAGGCCCUUGUGCAGUUGUGUAGGAUGAGUCUCUCUGCAGUCUCUGCUGUUUGCCUUUGCCAAUGUGAUCGAAUCGAAGCGCCGAAGCGGUAAGCGGUCGUGUAGUCGUUUCUCGUCGUUUCUUCAGUUAUGUGUGUGUUUAGUGUGGUUUAGUUUUUCAUCGUGCUUCGUGGUAUUCGCUUUGUGGGUUUUUCAAGGUUUUUUCGUGCCGAGUCGAAUGCGAUCCGUAAUGGAUGGUAAUGGUGACGAGAAACGGUCAGCUAAAUUUUCAUAUUCUUCAUCGAUAGUCGUGAUUUCGUUUUCGCGAUGUAAUUUUGCGUGUGAAAAUCGCCUAGAAGAGCUUCUCGAGUGAAUUUCCAGAGAGAAGAAAGAAUCAAGAUACACCAAUUUUGCGUCCAACAGAAGACUUUUCCGAUUUUUAGAUGUCGCCAUCGUUACAAAAGACUUGGUGAUCGAAUACGUACUGCGAUUUGAGAAACAUACAGUGUUAGAAUGAAGGACUGUCCUGGAUUAUAUUGUGGCCGAUUCAAGCUUCCUGAUGGUAACUUGAGCAUAUGUGGUGCGUGUCCUAGAGGAUCACAUACGAUAAUAGAUCACGAUAUGUGUUUGCCUUGCCAAGAUGAACCAACCUUCUACGACUGGUUGUUCUUGAUUUUCAUGGCAAUGAUGCCUUUAUUCUAUCAUUGGUAUUACAUCGAAUUUCAUACUUUCAGUUACAAAAUAAACAGCACUACGUUAUCGAAAAAGCUAAUUACCUCAGCUAUUUUGGAAGUUACUCUUUCUGCAGUAUUUACUGUGCUACUCAUGGAACCGAUGUGGAGUUUUAAAUUAUACGCCUGUCCUAUAAAUUCCAUAUCCGAUUGGUACACGUUUAUGUACAAUCCAUCUCCGCGGUAUGAAGAUUACAUAUACUGUACUCAGGAAAUUGUUUACCCGUUUUACACCAUGAUUUUUGUUUUUUAUGGUUUUGGAGUAAUUAGUUUAUUGGCUAUUCGGCCAUGGUUCAUAGACAGUAAAAAUACAGAUUAUGUCGGAGGAUUGGGUACGGUGUAUGCAGGAUUGUAUUUGUAUCCUACGUUAGCCCUCUUACAUGCAGUAGCGUGUGGAUUUAUUUAUUACAUGUUUCCUUACUUAGUGAUAAUCGUAUCUGUGAUCUCAAAUGCUGUACAUUUCGCUAUGAAGAUAAAUCAAUCUAUGGGUUACCUUAUCAGAAAUACUGUUACAAGUAGUCGAAAUAUGAUCAUUGUUCUUAUCCAUUGGCUUUGUCAUGCUUUUGGUAUUAUUGGUAUAACAGAAUUGAGAGAUCCGACGAAGCAUUACUUUCUAUUGUGUUUGGUUCCAGUUCCAACAUUAUUUUAUAUUUUAACUUCAAGAUUAACCGAUCCUCGGAAAGUUCAUUCGGAUUGACUUACGUGAUGCAACAAAAGGUGUACUUAUUAAGCAAAAGCAAAUUAUUAAUCUGUGAUUGGUCCUCAUCUUGGUAUCAGUAUUGAAUACCUAUUGAUAUUAACUAUCUAAUUAGAAAAUUAUUUAUUGAAAUAACAGUGUGGCUGUUGAAAAAAGUAUUGGAAACUAAAUACAUUUUGUUACCUUACUAUUUACGAGGAAUAUAUCGUCGGUUUCCAAUACAAGGGUGAUAUGUCCAUUGUUUUUUCUCAUGUUUUUAACAUUUCGGGUACGGUUAUAGUUGUAGGUCUUCAAGUAGGUAUUCAUCAUAAAAACAAAAAAAAGUGGUUCAUGACAAACCAACUUUUUGUUUUUUGAUGAGUACCUACUCAAAAACCUACUAUAACCGUACCUGAAACGUUAAAAACCUCAGAAACGAAAAAAAUGGACAUAGCACCCUUGUAUUGGAAACCGACGAUAUUGAAAUUAUGAGAAAUUUUCAAUCUAAUUGGAGAAUCGAAAUUGGAAGAGGAACUUGAUUAUUUAUUCUGAUUCUGAAUGACGUUGGCUGUUUUCGAAAAAUUGCAGAGAUCAGUUGUUAUUAUAGUGUUUGGUGUCAUGAUGGUUUCAUCUUAACUUUUGUGAAAUUGUGAUUGUUUUUUGUUUUUCAGUGUACAUGUAUUCCUACCUACUAUCAUUUCGUACCUAAAAUAAAGCCUAUUUAUGGGUA